CCGUUAGUGACAUUUUGGGGAAGCAUUGUGGUACUAAGGUACAUGAGUAUUCUCACACCGUGGCAUUAGUUGGCAGUAAGUUUGUUAUGUAUCCAGUUGCCAAGUUUAAAUACCGACCAAGAGCUACUGCAGGAUUGCUAUAGCUUUAGCUUUCUUGUCUUAGUUCGUAGAAUGGAAGGCUUUUUCCAUGCACUAUUUUUUCUCAUCAUUCUACUACAUGUGAUCUCCACCGCUCGGCGCGCCGCCACCGCCGCUGCUGGGAUCAAACAAGCUGCAGCAGACCGUGCCGCCCUCCUCUCCUUCAAGUCCCUUGUCGACGACGAUCCGUUCAGAGCGCUCUCCUCCUGGAACAACGGCUCUCUCCACUACUGCAGGUGGCGCGGUGUCUCUUGUGGCCGCCGCCAUCCCGACCGGGUCACGGCCCUCAACCUCACGUCUCUCGACCUAGCCGGUUUCGUAUCGCCCUCCGUGGCCAACCUUACAUUCCUCCGGAGGAUCGAUCUGUCCGACAACAAGCUAGACGGGUACAUCCCGGAGGAGUUAGGAAGCCUACGCCGGUUGCGAUAUCUCGACCUGAGUGUGAAUUCUCUUCGUGGAACGAUCCCGUCUUCGCUCGGCAAUUGCUCUAAUCUUCAAGUACUCAACUUGGCAAAUAAUAAGCUCAACGGUGAGAUUCCGCCAACUCUAUCGCGUCUUUCCGGUCUUAGAGAUAUUCUCCUGAAUCAAAACAUGUUACAAGGGACGAUCCCAGAUUCAAUUGGGAAUCUUUCUUCUCUACUCGUUCUUUCUUUAGAUAACAAUAACCUGUCAGGAGCCAUGCCUCCAUCCGUCGGUAGCCUUCUCUCCUUGAAGACACUUGCAAUCCAAUUCACUAGUCUCACAGGAACCAUUCGGCCCACUCUCACAAAUCUCUCCUCUCUGAAAGAGCUUGGACUACGAGGAAACAACCUUCAUGGUGAAAUUCCUCACUUUGCAGAACUUCUGUUCCUCUCUUUCCAGGACUGCUCUGUUAAUGAUCUCUCCAGGUCCAUCCCAAUCUCGCUCGGACAACUUUCAUCUCUCGAAAAUCUCAUUCUCGGGAUGAACUACUUAACAGGAGAAAUACCGUUAUCCCUUUACAAUCUAUCAUCCCUGAAGAACUUAGAACUCGCUAAUAACCAACUCGAGGGAACUCUACCCUCUGAUAUCGGAAAUGCUCUUCCGAACCUUCAAUUCCUUCAUAUGAGUUAUAAUCAGCUUGGGGGGCGAAUUCCAGCAUCAUUGUCCAAUGCUUCUGAGCUCAGACACCUUGAGAUAACAGUCAAUGAAUUCCACGGCACGAUACCGCCGAGCCUUGGAGCCUUGCAGAGUCUCUCGCGGCUCGAACUGGCUGUCAAUCGACUCGAAGCCAGGACGCCUAGCGAUUGGAGCUUCAUUACAGCACUGACCAACUGCACCGGUCUCCGAGUGUUGGAUGUAGGAUGCAAUCUACUUCAAGGCAUGUUGCCCAAAUCACUAGUCAAUCUUUCCACUAGUCUUCUAUAUUUGACAUUCUAUAGCAGCCAAUUAUCAGGAAUUAUACCUGCUGAGAUUCGGAAGUUCAUCAAUCUAACUUAUCUUGAUAUGGGCAUUAAUAAUUUUCGAGGCACCAUUCCCAUAGAUAUCAGUCAUCUUUGGCAAUUACAGUACUUAGAUCUAUCAAAUAACACGCUUUCCGGUGAAAUUCCUCCUACUUUGGGCAACCUAACACGAAUGGACAAGCUCUAUCUCGGCAGCAAUGAAUUUGAAGGAGCCAUUCCGCGGACAUUAAGCAACAUGUUAGUGUUAGAGUUGUUAAAUCUAUCAAAUAAUAGGCUAAGCGGUAGCAUUCCGCAAGAAGUUUUGACCCUUUCGUCGCUCACAAACUUCCUUGACUUGUCGCAUAAUUUACUGAACGAUUCAUUACCAUCGGAAGUGGGCAACUUGAUAAAUGUCAGGGAGCUUGAUCUCUCAAAUAACAGGCUCUCUGGUGAGAUUCCAGACACCAUUGGCAAAUGCGCCAUCUUGGAAAUUCUUCAUUUGGAGAAUAACUUAUUUCAAGGGUCCAUUCCUCCCUCCAUCAGCAAUUUAAGAGGGCUUAAGAAGCUUGAUCUCUCAAAAAACUUCUACUCAGGCCAAAUACCGGCAUUCCUUGACGAGCUCCCGGAUCUACACUAUUUGAAUCUCUCCUUCAACAGUUUUGAGGGUCGAGUGCCAAUGAAAGGGGUCUUUAAGAAUGCGAGCGAAGUCUCACUUAUCGGAAAUAGUAAACUCUGCGGCGGAAUUCCAGAAUUACACUUGCUGAAAUGCACUUCAGAUGCCUUUGCAACAAAACAUCACUCUGAUUAUAAACUCAGAGUAAUACUCAUUCCUAUAUGUGGAGCAAUUUUGUGUUUGAUUAUAAUCAUAUGCUUGCUUGGGAUACAUCACUUGAUUAAAAACUCGCAGAGAAAGCCGCAGUCGAGGUUUUCCUUAAGAAACCGACACGCGAAAGUAUCUUACGAUGAGCUCUUGAGGGCUACAAAUGGGUUCUCCUCAGAUAAUUUGAUCGGCACCGGAAGUUUUGGGUCGGUUUAUAAAGCCGCCAUGAACUAUGAAAACGUCGACACCGUCGUGGUGAAAGUGCUUAACCUUCAACAGCAUGGGGCUUUCAGAAGUUUUAUGUCUGAAUGUGAGGCCCUGAGAAGCACUCGACACCGAAAUCUUGUCAAAAUUCUUACCUGA